UUUUACCUUGGCAAGGGAGAGGAUUGCAGUGAAAAGCGAAGAUUGCAAGAUUUUCUUUGCUAAACCUAGUGAAAAUUCAAUGUAAUAUUCACUGAAGAAUAGAAGCUUAGUCAGGAUUACGCCAACUGUUUGGAUUAUUGAGAGUUGAUACCAUUUGAGAGUGCGAAGAUGUUGCAAAAAAUGUAAAAUUUUUGAGGUAGAAACACUGGGGAUUAAUUGAAAAAUUUUAAUUUGACCAAUGGCAGUUUUCUCGAUCAACCGCCCUGAAAAAAAUGGUGAAGAUGUGUGUAUGAUAGAUUUCUUUUGGCGCUGAAGGUGAAGUUCAACAGCAGUGAAGUGAAAAAAAAUAUUUAAACAGCUGAAAAAGGACGAAGAAGUGGAACAAAGUUUCGAAUAGUAGAAAAAACCUAUAGAUUUAGAGAACUUUUUUAUCUCUUGGUAUGUUUGGCAGAUGUCCGUGAAAAUUAUACAUACAGCUGGUUGUUUAAGGCGACGCUGAAGCUUUUUGCAUCAGUGUAUACGUGUAUUAGCAGUUGGGAUUUGUCAUUUUUUCAUUACAUAUUACGGAGCGAUAAGGAAAUCGGAUAAAUAAUCAGCAAUAUGUCAAUCCAAACAGAUAAUAUUGAUUUUAAAGAGAAGCUGAUAGCAGCUGUUAAGAAAGAGGUCAAACAGGUGAUGGAAGAGGCGGUCACCAAAAAGUAUAUCCAUGAAGAAUCCGGCUCGGUGACUUCGCUGUGUGCCGCGGUGGAGGCCUGCCUCAGCCAAGGAUUGCGAAGGCGUGCUCUCGGCCUCUUCAAAACAUCUUCCACGACAGCAUUGCUACAUAAGGUGGCGAAGCAUUGUCCAGAGGCAGCUGUCAUCAGUAAGAAGGUUCAAGAGAUCGAAAAUAAUGACCCAAACAAGCGUUCCUCGUCGAGCAGUGACAGUACCAAUAAACCACCCAUACUGAAAAAGAGUAGUAGUCAUUCGGUAUCGAACGGUUCCGCCAUCGACGUCAUUGGUCGUAAAGUAAGUAUUGAAAUUAAGUUGUCAAGCAUCUCCGGUUUAAUUUUUUCUCUUUUAUCCAGAUUUCUUUGGAUACGACUAGCGUUGUACGAGAAAAAACUGUCUCGUAUAAUUGAUCAUCUUGUUACGAACGCAACUCGGUACUACGAGAGAGAUUCACUGGUAGCCGAUCCGGACUACGGCUCCAUACUCAGCUCUCUGCUGGUUGGCCCCUGUGCGCUCGAUUAUUCGCGAGCUAAAACGGCUGAUCACUUCUGGACGGACCCACCGGCAGACGAACUGGUCCAGAGACAUCGCAUCAGUUCCGGGAAUCCCACCUCGCCGGCAAUUCGUAGACCAAUGCUGAACUUCAAGCGCAGUCUUCACACCAGCUCCGAGGAGGGCAGCAUGAACUCGUUCAAGUCCAAUUCGUUGGUGUCCGCGUCGAAAGACUAUGUGGAAUCACUUCACCAGAACUCCCGUGCAACUCUACUAUAUGGGAAGAACAAUGUCCAUGUACUGCCGAAAGAUGUCAGCGAACCAAUGCUCGGUUACUUGAGCCUGCACCAGACGGUACAGUCGUUGACUAUUAAGUGGACACCCAAUCAACUAAUGAAUGGAUACGCGGAAUCGGAGAACAUUGAUAAGAAUUUGUACUGGGCGUACGCGUUGAAUGUAAAUGUGGACGAAAUCGUAUAUGUUCACUGCCAUCAGGCCCGUGGUGGAGACACCGGAGGCACAGUUAUCUUGGUUGGCCAGGACGGCGUUCAGCGGCCACCAAUCCACUUUCCAGAAGGAGGACAUAUGGCGGCUUUCUUGAGCUGCUUGGAAACAGGUCUUCUACCGCAUGGUCAACUAGAUCCUCCCCUUUGGUCACAAAAAGGCAUAGGCCGAAUUUUCCCUUGGCCACAGAAGUCUCGUCGUAGACCUAUGCCAUCACUGCUAGAGGCUGCUACCAGCGAUGAGAUGCCAAUUGACUAUGUAUUCCGGGUUGUCAACAAAGGCAAUACUGAUGAAUUUUUGGCUACCCACUCGAUUCUGGACAUAGGACGAACGAGUCCUCGUUACCGGGCCCAACUCAGUAGUUGUUCAACCAACGAAAGCAGUGAUUGCUCUAGUAAAAGCCUUUCGAUAGAUGCUAUGUCGAUCGACAGUCCAAAUCCGACCACGAAUCAAACGACCAGUAUUGCCCUGGUUUGCUCAACUAUGAAAAGACAAAUCAUUUCUCGUGCUUUUUAUGGAUGGUUGGCAUACUGUCGACAUUUGUCAACGGUUCGCACUCAUCUGUCUGGCUUGGUCAAUGGUCGUAUUACUCCGGACAUUGGAGCUGAAGAGGGACUAACCAAAGCUCGUUGGGAAGAACUGCAUGAUGAUAAUGGUGUUGUGGCGGACGAUCAGGAAGUGUAUCGUCUUGUUUAUUAUGGUGGAGUUGAACAUGAUAUAAGAAAAGAUGUUUGGCCGUAUCUUCUGGGUCACUACAGCUUCGGUAAAACGCCGGAAGAACGUGCAGAAUUGGAUGAAACUACAAAGCAUUACUACGAGACGACAAUGAGCGAGUGGCUAGCUGUAGAAGCAAUCGUUCGCCAGAGGGAUAAAGAGAAAACUGCCGUAGCUGUUGCCAAGCUCAGUUCGGGCAGUGGUAGCGUCGAAAAUAAGAGCAAAGAUGUGGACGAGGAGGAAAUGGAAAAUGAGGUGUUUGAAGAGGAUGGUUUCUCCGACAUGUCAGAGCCAGAGGUGGACGAUGACGAGGGAGCGGCUAAGCUGCAGCAAGCCGGACCAGUUGAGCUACCCGAAAAAUCUGAAAUUGAAGAGGGUGAAAAAUUGGGAUCAUCUAAUCGGCUAGAGCUACCUUUGUCGGACCACAGUAAGGACAUCGACAGUAACAAAAGUUCUCCAUCGGAUUCUUCUUAUGCCACUGUGGGCAAUGAUUUCGUAGAUGUUGCUGAUAUGUUGCCAGUUACGAAUAACGAAAUAGUACUGCCGAAUGAUGAGAUGGACGAAGAAAAGGAUGAAUGCUCGGUUCAAUCACCGGGACAUCCGCGGGCUGUGAUUGUGACAGAUGCUUCCAUUGAUGUGACAAUGAUGAACAACGAGGUUAGGGAACAAAACAACAAUACGUUGGAGGCACUGCCCGAGGAAGCAAUAGUCGGUCAGCUGGAACCUAAAUCAACUUGCGUUUCCCCAGCUAGCUCUAACGGUGGAAUCUAUAGUAGUGAACUGCUGGAAUCAUUUGGGCUUAAUUUACAUCGGAUCGAGAAGGAUGUACAGAGGUGCGAUCGCAAUUAUUGGUAUUUUGCGAACGACAACUUGGAUAAGCUGAGGAAUGUGAUAUGCACCUACGUAUGGGAACAUCUGGAUGUUGGCUACAUGCAAGGGAUGUGUGAUUUGGUUGCUCCACUGUUGGUGAUUUUUGACGAUGAAUCUUUAAGUUAUGGUUGCUUCUGUCGCUUCAUGGAGCGGAUGAUUGAAAACUUCCCGAAUGGAGGCGCCAUGGAUAUGCAUUUCGCUAAUAUGAGGUCCCUGAUUCAGAUUCUGGACUCGGAAAUGUAUGAUUUGAUGCAUGCUCACGGUGAUUACACCCACUUUUACUUCUGCUAUCGGUGGUUUCUGCUCGAUUUCAAGCGGGAGCUGAUUUAUGCCGACAUAUUCUCCGUGUGGGAGAUCAUCUGGGCGGCAAAGCAUGUGGCAUCGGCCCAAUUCGUAUUGUUCCUAGCGCUGGCCCUGCUGGAAACCUACCGAGAUAUUAUACUCUCGAACAGCAUGGAUUUCACCGACAUCAUAAAGUUUUUCAACGAAAUGGCUGAACGCCAUAAUACACCGGCUGUAUUGAAACUGGCCCGAAAUCUAGUUCUUCAGCUACAAACAAUAAUCGAAAACAAAUAAAAUAUAUUUAGCUUAUGAAAGAAUGGCAGUGGAUUAACAGAUGUUUUGCAGACUGUAUUAAAGAGCACACACACGCAUAGAAAACUAAAAAUCACAAAAAAAUAUAAAAAUAAGGAAUAUACAUGAGACAAAUGUAGAGUUCUAGGAGCUAUGGAAAAUAAUAUGAAAGAAAGUUAAAUGAGUAAAUAUGUCAAUGUACUGUCAUAUAUAUGUCACUGUUACCUUCCCGUAUACAUGCAAACAAGAUCUAUUUCUAACCUAUACUGUUUUUCUAGUGUAUUAAUUUUGUAUAAAUUGUAAAACACUUUUAAGGGUGAUACUCCGUGGAAUGAGAGCUAUGUUCUGUUGUUGUGAGAUCCAUUCGAAAAGAUUGGCUUGCUAUGCAUUGAUCAACAAAACAUGAGCAACAGAGAGUUGGGAGUAGUGUGUAAAGUCAUCAACCUAGUCUUCAUGUAAACCAUCGUGUCUGUAAUUAUUGUAAUGUUUGUUAAUCUUUUAAAAUGCUCCUCCAUCACCAGUUAUUUGAAUGAUGCAUAGUUAUACCGUAUCCAAGAAAUACAUCAUUUUAAGAAAUAUUUUAGACAAAAUUGUUAUUGAAUUGGUAUUUUGCUGACUAAAUAUAUUAUAUUUUAUAGUUUGAACAGAUAUAUUUACAACUAUCGUGUAAUGAGCGUCCAAAUAUAAUGUUAUGCUAUUAGAUUGGGUGAAACAGAAAAGAGAAGCUCUAAGAGCAUGUUGUUUUUAAGAGUUCGAUUCCUCUUGUUUUGUUAGUAGAUUCACCAUUUUAGCAAGAGUCAGUGUCAUAAUCACAAAAAAACCGAAACAUAAAUAUUAUGGAAAUGAAUCUUAUGAAUUACAGAACAAAUAUAGUAGAACAGAUUUAAUGUAGUAUUCCGAAACGCACCACCGGACGGCGCUAUUUGUUGGUGUAAGGAAAAAUAUUCUUCGUUACACUGCAAAUGGAGAAUGACAGUUGGUGGUGUGUGCGGAAAAAUAGUUAUCACUUCAUCGCAUCUUCCAAUAGUAGUUGAUAAUACAUACCAGAAUAGAAAUACUGGGAGUGGUAAUGCCAUUAUGAAUAUCUGCCUAUAGACCACAGAUUGUUUGACAGGAUAUAGCAUGUUAUGAAUACAUUUCCAGUGAGUUGGAAGUUGUUCUCUCGAAGAAUUUUAAUCGUGUGUAUGUUCAGCAUCAACAAGUGACUGGUUAUAUGAUUUUUAUUGUGAAAAUACGGAGUUAUUUUAAUUCUAAUCAUUUAGUAUAGCUGUGUCGUGGCUUAUGACUAUUUUCAGACAAACGUAUCGUAAAUGGGUUUACCGAAGUAUAUAAUUUAAAUAGGAAAAAAAAACAAAACGUGAAGUUCUGGGACAGUUAUAACGGUAAACGAUAUUUACAUCGUCUCCAUUAAGGGUUUCAAUGAAUAACAUAUGAGAUUCAGUUCAUGUUUCGAUUAAAAUAGGUUACAUUUUUGUAGUGAAUUUAAAGUUAUUUGCUUAGGAAACUUUGUGUGUUCAGUCACUUGAAAAUGAACAAGGGGACAUUUCCUGUUCGAAAUGGGUAAUGAUAAGAAUGCGUUAUACUCCACAUAUACUACUAUUAUAGCAUGGGACUGCAGAGACAACUUCAAAUACAAGAAUAUUGUAA